UCGGCGGGGCCGGCUCCGGGGCCCGGCGACAGCGGAGGGCGGGAGGGGAGGGGGCGGGGGGCCGCGCCGAGCCAGGUGCGCACGUCCGCGCCGGCGCUGGGCUUGUUCGGCCGGCAGGGAGAGCGGAGCAGGCGCGCGGCCCGGCGGAGCAGCCGACUCUGGAGCAGCCGGAGCUGGAGGAGGAGGAGGAGGAUCGGCGGCGGGGAAGGAGGAGGAGGCGGAGAGUCGCUCCCGCCGGCCGAGCAUGGGGCGCCCGGCGCCGAGGCCGCUGCUGCUGGCGCUACUAUCGCUGGCUGUCUGUCGAGGUCGUGUGGUGAGAGUCCCUGCAGGCAGCCUGGUUCGAGUGGUGGGCACUGAGCUGGUGAUCCCCUGCAAUGUCAGCGACUACGAUGGCCCCAGCGAGCAGAACUUUGACUGGAGCUUCUCAUCUUCGGGAAGCAGCUUCGUGGAGCUCGCCAGCACCUGGGAAGUGGGCUUCCCAGCACAGCUGUACCGGGAGCGGCUACAGAGGGGCGACAUCCUCCUGAGGAGAACCGCCAAUGACGCUGUGGAACUGCACAUAAAGAACGUCCAGCCCUCAGACCAGGGCCACUACAAGUGCUCAACCCCGAGCACAGAUGCCACUGUCCAGGGCAAUUAUGAGGACACAGUGCAGGUUAAAGUGCUAGCAGACGCCCUGGUGGUGGGCCCCAGCUCCCGGCCUCCUCCAGGCCUGAGUCUGCGUGAGGGGGAACCCUUCGAGCUGAGAUGUGUCGCGUCCACCGUGUCACCGUUGCAUACUCACCUGGUGCUUCGGUGGGAGCUACACCGUGGUCCAGUGCACCGCAGCAUCCUAGCCCUAAGCCACGAGGGCAGGUUUCACCCAGGCCCUGGCUAUGAGCAGCGCUACCACAGUGGGGAUGUACGCCUGGACACAGUGGGCAGUGACGCCUACCGCCUCUCCGUGGCCCGGGCGCUCUCUGCAGACCAGGGUUCCUACAGGUGUGUGGUCAGCGAGUGGAUCACAGAGCAAGGCAGCUGGCAAGAAAUCCAAGAAAAAGCUGUGGAAGUGGCCACCGUGGUGAUCCAGCCGACAGCUCUGCAAUUGGCUGUGCCCAGGACUGUGUCUGUGACUGAAGGAAAGGACCUGGACCUUUCUUGCAACAUCACAACAGACUGUGUGGAUGAUGUUCGACCCGAGGUGACAUGGUACUUCAAAAAGACACCUGAUGCCUCCUUGCUUGCCUCUCACAUGCUGGCCCGGCUGGACCGUGACUCCCUGGUACACAGCUCACCACACGUUGCUCUCAGCCACGUGGAUACCCGCUCUUACCAUCUGCUGGUGCGGGAUGCUAGCAAAGAAAACUCUGGCUACUACCUUUGCCUUGUGGCCCUCUGGGCUCCUGGACAUAACAGGAGCUGGCACAAGGUGGCAGAGGCCAUGUCUGCCCCGUCCAGUGUAAGCGUGACCUGGCUAGAGCCAGAGUACCAAGUCUACCUGAAUGCUUCUAAGGUCCCUGGGUUUUCAGACGACCCCACAGAACUGCAGUGUCGGGUGAUGGACAUGAAGCGCGUGGAGGCUGGUGUCCGACUUACCGUGUCAUGGUACUACAGAAUGAAUCGCCGCAGUGACGAAGUGGUGGCCAGUGAGCUUCUUGCAGUCAUGGACGGAGACUGGACUCUAAGAUACGGAGAGAGGAGCAAACUGCGGGCCCAGAGCGGAGAGUUUAUUUUUUCUAAGGAACACACGGACACAUUCAGUUUCCGGAUCCAAAGGACUACAGAGGAAGACAGGGGCAAUUAUUACUGUGUUGUGUCUGCCUGGACCAGGCAGAGAAACAACAGCUGGGUCAAAAGUAAGGAUGUCUUCUCCAAGCCUGUCAACAUAUUCUGGGCCUCAGAAGAUUCUGUGCUUGUGGUGAGGGCACGGCAGCCAAAGCCCUUCUUUGCCGCAGGGAAUACAUUUGAGAUGACUUGCAAAGUGUCUUCCAAGAAUAUCAAGUCACCACGCUACUCUGUUCUCAUCACGGCUGAGAAGCCUGUCGGGGACCUCACCAGUCCCAAUGAAACCAAGUACAUCAUCUCCCUGGACCAGGAUUCCGUGGUAAAGUUGGAGAACUGGACUGAUGCAUCUCGGGUGGAUGGCGUUGUGUUAGAGAAGGUUCAAGAGGACGAGUUUCGAUAUCGAAUGUACCAGACUCAGGUCUCUGAUGCAGGACUAUACCGCUGCAUGGUGACGGCUUGGUCUCCUAUUGGGGGUAGCCUGUGGCGAGAAGCAGCGACUAGUCUCUCCAAUCCCAUUGAGAUUGACUUCCAAACCUCAGGUCCCAUAUUUAAUGCCUCUGUGCAUUCAGACACGCCAUCAGUCACCCGGGGAGAUCUCAUCAAAUUGUUCUGUAUUGUCACUCUGGAAGGAGCAGUGCUGGAUCCAGAUGACAUGGCCUUCGAUGUGUCCUGGUUUGCGGUACACUCCUUUGGCUUGGACAAGGCUCCGGUCCUCCUAUCCUCCCUGGACCGGAAGGGAGUCGUGACUACAGGCCAGAGGGACUGGAAGAGUACUCUCAGCCUGGAGCGCGUGAGCGUGCUGGAAUUCUUGCUGCAAGUGCAUGGCUCUGAAGACCAGGACUUUGGCAACUACUACUGUUCUGUGACUCCAUGGGUGAGGUCACCAACAGGUUCCUGGCAGAGGGAAGCCGAGAUCCACUCCAGGCCCAUCUUUAUAACUGUGAAGAUGGAUGUGCUGAAUGCCUUCAAGUACCCACUGCUGAUUGGCGUGGGCCUGUCCACAGUCAUCGGACUCCUGUCCUGCCUCAUCGGGUACUGCAGUUCCCACUGGUGCUGUAAGAAGGAGGUGCGGGAGACGCGUCGGGAGCGCCGCAGGCUCAUGUCCAUGGAGAUGGAUUAAGCAGCGGAGAUAGAGGGACAGAGGAACAUUGUAGGGAUGGUGGGGGCGAGAAGAGGACCAGUGAUAUUUUAGAGCAAAGUGUGUUACACUAAAACCAGUCCUCUCUAAUCUCAGGUGGGACUCGGCGCUCUCUCUUUUCUGCAUGUCAAGUUCUGAGCGCAGACAUGUUUACCAGCACACGGCUCUUCUUCCCACGGCACUUUCUGAUAUGUAACAAUCGAGUGUGUGUUUCCCCAGCUGCAGCUUUUUAAUGGUUAACCCUGGUCUAAUUAGUUUUCUCCUAGCAGCUUAUCGACCCUCUGAUUUCUGUGUGUUGAUCACUUUUGAUGUGAGGGAUUGCGGUGAGGAAGGGUGGAGAUGUUCAGAGUUGCUCAUCGUGGGUGAGAGGGUGCCUGCCCUCCUGAGAGCCAGCAUCCACAAGGGGCCGGCAUCUGGGUAGUUGCUACCUGAUGCCCUCCAUGCUGGCCCAGAGCUGAUAAAGACCUGCGCCGAGGCAAGCUGUGGCGUUCACUACCCUGCCCAUCCCCCACUUUCAGGAGUUGAAACUAUGUUAGAACCUAAAGUCAGAGUCUUUGACUUCUUAAUUCAUAUGCCUUUUGUGUUUUCGCUUCUUCUCCACCCUCUUGCGUUUCUGGUUUGUUUCUGUGAGAGUGAGGAAAUGGCAGCCCUGGAGUCUAGAAUUUGGCUUUCCACCAAGCACCUUAUCUCGCCACCUUAGCCUUAAGAAUGAGUAGGAAGAAAAGUCCACCGCCACCUCCGUCCAGGGCAGAAGGUCUGUGAGCAAGAGGACACUGGGGCCAAGGAAAGGGAUGGAUGCCGUCUCCCUGGUAGUUCGGCGGCCACUGUGCCCAGGGACCCCAGGGAGAGUAGCAGUGGCGGGCGUCUGAAUGUGCCCUGAGCCAGGUGCCCCGUCACUUCACGAGAAGCCCUGUUGCUGGUUUCCACAGGGCCUGCGUGGGGGUCGAGAUGCGCCACCCUCACUCGCCUCUUGAGCUCCUUCACAGGAAAGCAGAUUGCUGCCUGCACUGACUGACUUCAAGGAAUCGGAAAUGGCCUAGAGCAAGUGUGUGUGUUCCAUGACCUUUUCAGUCCUUGAAGUCUUUUUAAGAUCCCUGCAGGGGGUAGUGAAGAGGGGUAUAUUUUGUGGAUGUUUGCCUUCCUAUUAGGAAUAUGAAGGGAACCCAGCAAUUUACUGUCGUGUGAACGGCCUGUAAAAUAGGGUUGAGAGCAGCCGGCUCUGCCUGACUGUGCACAGCAGGAAUUAGGACAGCGGACAGACACACCUUCCAGGUCCCCAGGGCCUGGUCCAUCAGGGCCUCGGCCUCCCAAAGUCUCUCACCCCAGCAUAGGCCUUCCACAAGCCUCCCCUGCGUGCCAAGGCUCACCGCCAACUGGUACCCUCACUUAUCCCUUUGGCUCCGAAAGAUUUAACACUAUUGUCUUCCAAAGUGUGUUAGGGGAGAUUCCUUUGUUUUGAGCAAUAAAGUAAUACAAAUAGAAGGCCAUUCACAUGCAGCUCUUGUCAUCAUGGGCCAGGAUGUGCUGACCCCCCCUCCUUUGCGUUCACCACCCGCCUGGGAUGUUCCUGGGAUGAGAUGCUGAGCUGGUGGGUCCAGCCCAGGUAGGCUCCUAGUUUAGAGUCAGUAGCAAGGAGAGAGACAGCAGUUGCACCCCACCCAAGCAAGAGAGGCCAGAGGAAGUCGGGGAAGGGGGGACUUGGCAGAUAGGGGUAUUUCUAUGUCACUUCCUACUGCUAGUUCAAAGAUGGGGUACAGGUGACUGUACAAACAGGAAUUAGGGGAAUAGAACCAGGUACUUCAUUAGUAACAGCCUCUGAACCCUGCAGUUACUGAAGAAGAUUCAAGGUCAUUGUGGUGCCGCCCUCCUUAGGAGGAGGAGAGACACUUACCCCUGUGUGAUCCCAGCCCCCGGUGAACAUGAAACCACUGAUGGGUCAGGGCCAGCACUUGAGGGUGAGACAGAUAGUGUUAGGCCUACCUUUCCCUUUCUCAGCUGAUGUUGAGAUUUGAGCCUGAAUUACUGAGGCCCUGGCCUUCAUCUACUGGCCAUGCCUAAACCCUCAAGCUGCUUAGGGCUGGGAGAGGGGUCAGAAACCCCAGGACCUAGUUCCUUUAGGGACUAUCACCAUUCUGGGAUGUGAGUCCUUUUAAGUGUGAGCAAACACUCUUAAUGUACCAAAUAGGGUUCCCCAUGAAGUGCUCUUCCUGAGCACCCCCCCAGUACCGGCGUGACAGAACGGAAGGCCAAGCCAGGCCUUGGCAGAUGAAAUUGCACUUCUUACAGAGUAACUUUAUAGAAGGCUUUUUUCCCCAAUUGCAAAAUCCCCCUUCCCCCCGAAAGAGCCUAAGCUAUAUUCAGAUGGAAGCCUAGAAAUUACUUUAAAUUGUUUACUUUAUGAUGUUUACACACACAAUUCACUUUUUUAAAAAAUAAGAAAAAUGCAAACUCUGGCUUUUUAACAACUUUUCAAAUUUUUCAUGCAUGGGAUAUGCUGGCAUCCUGACUCACCAGCUAGGUUAAAUCCUCAUUUAGAAAAGUCCCGAUGUGUGUGUGUGUGUCUUCCCCUCCCAGCCACACGGCUCCCUCCUGCCCAGACCUCUGUCAGUUUCUCUGGUGGCUUUUGCCUCCUGCUUUGCAGACUUCCUGCAGCCAUGAUUUCGUUACGGCAUCUAUGAGCCAAAGACUGCGCCCUUGGAGCAGGAACAAUAAGCAAUACUACACGACUCGCUACUUUCGGGGGAAUUUCUUUCUUUUUAAGCUUCACCGAUGACAACGAGGAAGAAGGGAACUAGGGUUUAGGUAAGUUCUCCUCUGGCGUGUGACCAUAUUCUCAGUGACACACAUGUGUGCAGGUCACUAGGAGAACAAGGUUGGGUUUCUUUUCUAGCGUAUAACACAAGGAUCUGCAGACUUUUCCGUAGACAAAAGAGAAGAUCAUGUGUAUUUUUGUCCGUAUCCAAUGUUAUACAAACUAAUUGUGUUGUUUUAUACUGUGGCCACAAAUAUUAUGCAAUGCACCAUUUGUUUUUGUUUUUUUUUUUUUAUUUCAUUAAAGGAAGUUUAAUUUAAA